AAGUUAUUGCUGUUUCAGAAAAAGUUACUGUGAAACUUGAGGAUUUGGCAAAAUGGGCACAGUCCGAUUUCUCCAAGUGGAAGUGUGGUUUCCGGGCUGAGCCGGUCCAGCUGAUGGAUGUGGGGAAGAAUGGGCAGAAAGAGGCCUUGACAAGAUACAGACAAUCCACACUCAACAGCGGCUUGAACUUCAAAGACAUCCUGAAGGAGAAGGCUGACCUCGGUGAGGAUGACGAAGAUUCAAACCUGCUGAUUCUCAGCUACCCCCAGUACUGUCGAUACCGUUCCAUGUUAAAGCGCAUUCAGGACAAACCCUCCUCAAUACUAACAGACCAGUUUGUUUUAGCCCUUGGAGGCAUUGCAGUAACAAGCAAGAACCCCCAAAUCUUCUAUUGUCGGGAUACAUUUGAUCACCCCACCCUAAUAGAAAAUGAAAGUAUAUGUGAUGAGUUUGCGCCAAAUCUUAAAGGCAGACCGCGCAAAAAGAAGCCAUGCCCACAGAGAAGAGAUUCAUUAAAUGGCAUUAAGGAUUCCAACAAUAAUUCUGAAAGCAAAGCUGUUGCCAAGGUAAAAUGUGAGGCUAAGUCAGCUUUGCCCAAACCCAAGAGUAACAACAACAACAACAACUGUAAGAAAGGCUCAAGUGAGGAUAAAUCAAAGAUUGCCGUAGGUGAAGAAUGCAGAGCUGAUGAGCAGGCUUUCCUUGUGGCUCUUUAUAAAUACAUGAAAGAAAGGAAAACACCAAUUGAACGAAUACCCUAUUUAGGUUUUAAGCAGAUUAACCUUUGGACUAUGUUUCAAGCUGCUCAAAAACUGGGAGGAUAUGAAACAAUAACAGCCCGUCGACAAUGGAAACAUAUUUAUGAUGAAUUAGGUGGUAACCCUGGAAGCACAAGUGCUGCUACAUGUACUCGCAGACAUUAUGAAAGAUUAAUCCUGCCAUAUGAAAGAUUUAUUAAAGGAGAGGAAGAUAAGCCACUGCCUCCAGUGAAACCUCGAAAACAGGAUAACAGUUCCCAGGAGGGUGAAGCGAAAACAAAAGUGUCUGGAUCAAAACGCAUCAAAAAUGAAAACCAAAAGAGCAAGAAGGAAAAAGAUAAUGCACAGAAACCCCAAGAUGCAUCUGAGGUUUCAUCAGAACAAGAGAAGGAUCAAGAAUCAACAGACCAGAAAAACUUCCCCGAACACACUGCAGUGGGAGAGACAAAACAACCCAUGCAAGGCCCUCCACCUCUUUUACCAGAAACAGCUCGAACACUGCCUCUGGAAAAGACAGACCUGGCAGAAAACAGCACCAACAGUGAGAAAGCCAAGGAGGAGGCUCAGCACUCCUCCUCUUUCUCAAGUAUAUCUGUGCCCCCAGAAGAAGACACCGUGCUGGAUGCCACUGUCACAAAGCGAUUGCACCCCCCAGCAGAUGCCCCGGAAGACACAAAGCCUGAACAAAGACUACACAAAGCUUUUACUGACAGCUUGGAAAGCGAACCUCCAGAAAUGCCCUUCACAGCUUUCCCAGUCCACCUGCCCACUCAGAGUGACAUGGAAGACGAGAAAUUGCCAGAGAUGGCAGAUUACAUCGCAAACUGCACGGUGAAAGUGGACCAGCUGGGAAACGAGGAUAUCCACAAUGCACUAAAGCAAACGCCCAAAGUACUGGUGGUGCAGAACUUCGACAUGUUCAAGGAAAAGGAACUGCCUGGGUCCAUGAAUGAUGACUCCACUUUCGGUUACACACCACUGCUGUACUCCAAGGGUAAUCCAGGCAUCAUGUCACCCCUGGCAAAGAAGAAGCUGCUGUCACAGGUCAGCGGGGCAGCGCUGUCGUGUAGUUAUCCUUACGGUUCUCCUCCGCCUUUGAUCAGCAAAAAGAAACUCAACAGCAGAGAUGAACUGUCCUCAGGCAUAUCACAAGGUCCCCGUACCCCUAAUUCUGAUCCUGUAGCAAUUAAUAGGCCUUCAGUCAUACAACAUGUACAGAGUUUUAAAACCAAGGAGGAAAGGAAAUCAAUUAAUGAUGUUUUUAAACAUGACAUGCUAAGUAAACCAGAUCCUCAGCGCUGUGAUUUUUCAAAACAUCACCUCAGUUCUCUUGCCGAGUCAUACGUACCGAAGUCAGAUAUCCAGGACUGCAAAGAUAAAAUGAGUGAGAAAAGGGCACUGCAGCACUCCCAUGUGCCCACUUUCUUGGCAGAUUUUUAUUCAUCACCUCAUCUACACAGCCUUUAUAGGCACACAGAACACCACCUUAAUAAUGAACAGACAUCAAAGUACCUCCCCCGGGACAUGUUCAGAGAGUCUGAAAAUAUUUCUACUUUUACUCAACACAAACACCAGGAAAAACUAAAUUUAAAUUAUCGCCCAUCUUUGCAUCAGCAAGAAAAAAAGGCAGCGGUGGAGGCCUCUUCAGAUGAUCAGCCAACAGAUUUGAGUCUUCCAAAGAGCAUACACAAACAGACUGCAAAGGCUCCAGGCUCCAGCCUCCCUCAUUCAUCCAUGGCCCAGCAAGAGUGCAAAGGUAUCUCCGGGUUCCAGGCUGCGAGCAGCCAGGCAGUGAGCCUAGACUGUAACCCCAAAGCUUGCCGCGUGUCCCCCAUGGCCAUGACAGUCCCAAAAAAACACAGCGAGUUGCUCCAUAGGUCUGGGAAGCAGCAGGCCCAGAGGCUGGAGAACUUGAGGAAGAUGGAGGGGAUGGUACAUCCUAUCAUCAGCCGCAGAACGAGCCCACAAAACAUGGGGGCUGCCCGGCCUUUGAAACGGAGCCUGGAGGAUUUGGACAAAGUCAUUUCUGAAAAAAAAAUCCGAGCUGUCUCUCCUCUGCACUUACCAAAGGAGACCCCAGUGAAAGACAAGGUUCCUGACCCAGAGGGGGAAGGCAGCAAGCCAGUGCAUGGCCUCCAUUCUGGCAACAUGCUGGAAAGCCACAAAUUUCCCCUCUCAGCCCCCAUCUUCCCAGGUUUGUAUCCAGGAAGCCUGUGCACAGGGCUCAACAAUCGCCUCCCACCCGGGUAUUCUCAUCCCCUGCAGUACUUGAAAAACCAGACCGUGCUCUCCCCACUAAUGCAGCCUUUGGCUCUUCACUCCUUCAUGGUGCAGAGACAAUUCCUCACAUCCCCAGCAAACUCCCAGCAACUGUACAGACACUUAACUGCAGCAACACCUGUAGGAAGUUCCUAUGGUGACCUUUUGCAUAACAGCAUUUAUCCUUUAGCUGCUAUAAACCCUCAAGCUGCGUUCCCACCUUCCCAACUAUCCUCUGUACAUCCCAGCACAAAACUGUAAACCCCCUCACUCACAAGAAGAGGUCUGAGGAGAAAAGUUCAGUUAGAGACAUUCCUCCCCCUGUGACGAUGAUGUCUCACAGAUUUAGCGAUCUGUAUUUUUGUCAACCAGGAUGCAGUCAUAUCCCACCAAGAGGAGCACUUCGGAGUUUUGAUGGAGACAGGACUGCUUCUUUAAUUCUGGCUCCCACAUCAGCCCCCCCACCCCUUAUCCCUGCCCCCACAAAAAAGAAAACCAAAAAAAAAAAAAAAAAAAAAAAAAGAAAAACAGGAAAAAAAAAAAAGAAAGAAAAAAAUCAUUUAAUUUUGCGUAUAUGUUUUCUGAAAGGACUUGAACAUGGUAAGAGCAGAUGUUCAAAGGGAGCCGUGGAAACACAUGCCCAGUCCUGAGCUCACUGAAACCCUGGUGAGGGCUGCAUUUGCCUUUCACUGAGCCAAGGACCAGAGGCUGUGCAUUGUUGCCAAUGAGUCAAGGACUUGAGAUGAACCUGGAAAGGAGAAACGGGCCGAGAAUCUGUACAAUCAGUGGAUGUGCUUUUUGGGGUAACUUUUUCCUGACUUUUAAAGAUUCAAUCAAUGCAAUGUAUAGUAAAAUGGCAAUAGAUUUUUUCAUUUUAACACUAUUAGAACAGAAGGGUAAACACUGUUUUAUUUGACUGUACAUAUCCACUUCGUAAACUACCAGUGUCACAUUUGGUCACAAUAAUUUAUAUAGUUUCGUUUGUCCAGUAUAUUCUGUACUCUUUAUGUUUGUUUUUUUGUUUUGGGUUCUUUUUUUUUUUUAAAUUAAACAGUAUCAUUUUAUCUACAACUUUUUUAAAGGCUGUGGCUGUCCUAAUUUUUUUUUUUUAUUAUGUGUUUGUAAUUUUUCCAGUUUCUUUAUACUUUUGAGCAGCGUUUUUGUUUCGUUUUUGUGGUAACAUUUACUGUUUACAAACUGAAGCAACUGGCUCAGAUUAAUCUUAAUGGUUAUAAACAUACUGUAGGUGAUGUUAUGGUGCAAGGAUGAGAAAAAGGUUCCUUUCCCCACAGCCCACCCCUGCGAGGUGCUGAGCACCUCUCGCCCUCCUCCCGUUGUUGCGAUGGCUCCCACGCCAUUCCUCACCUCCCACUGAGCUUUGCUUUCCUGUAUCGUGGUCCGUGAAUUUGUCAAGCAUUGUACUUAACCUUACCUAGGCUGUGAAACCUUCCUGCCUACCAGAGAAACAAAACCUCCCUGGCACAAGCUUCUGGAUGACAAAGGAGUGCAGAAAACGGAUUUGUGAUUUGCGAGAAUGUCGGGAAUUUCAGAAAUUGUGAGAGGAGCCAGUGCGGAUUCGAAUCAGAGGCUUACGGGUUGGGUCCUGUGCCUCACAAGCAGGCUGGGCUUGGUAGGAUGGGUAGGGGGUUCCAUGCAGUGGUCAGGGUGGUCCUUCCACACUCCCACAAGGAUCUCGGCCUCUCCCUGGGCAUCCUUUCACAGGGGGAAAGCCUGGGCAUGGAGGAGCUGGGUUUUCCUGAUGAAAGAGCUUCCUAUGGAUGUAUAUUCACUCUGCGGGACGUCACCACCACGCAGCUGAGCACAGACAUCAGUAAAGUGAAGUGUGACUUGGAGGCUUUAUACAAUGUGAAAAUUGGUUGUGAUUCAAACCAUCUCAGUUACUGUUCAAAGACAGCGUAAUCAAUACGAAAAGAAAAAUGGGAACUACUAAGAAACGCUUUGCAUGCUAGGCAUGUCGUUAAAUUUUCCCUUGAUAUGAAGCCAAAUACAAUAUAUAAUGUAUCAUACAUAAUAUCCAAAGGUGGAAACCAGAAUAAUAUACUAAUCUACUGUUAAAAAUCCAGCUUCUUCAAUUAAAUACUUUAUAUUCCUGUGGUAAAACUAUAUUUGAUUGAUAAACAGACUAGUAGAACUUAGAACAUGGAUGUGCCAGUGUAGAGCAUCCUGCUGCUCCAGAAGUCGUACAGGAAACAGAACUGCAGGCUCAUCCAGGCAGAGGCCACAGUGUGGAGGACAUCUCUAGUAAAGUUGCACUAGAUCUGAAUCACGUAAGAAUCAGGGGUUUGGGGAUGGGGGGGAGGAGGGCGGGGG